GCCUGUGACAGCUUACAGCUUACCUUCCCCAUCUCCCAACAUUUACGAUUUACGAACACAAGUUUAUUUACUUAUUUAUUUUAGUGCCGAUUAAAUUGUUUGUAUUCACUUUUAAACUUGUUGCUUUGUUUCAACUGGGCGAAUGGCCGGCUCUGCUUUAAGACGGCUCAUGGCCGAGUACAAACAGUUGACGAUAAACCCUCCAGAAGGGAUCAUCGCAGGGCCGAUCAACGAGGAGAAUUUCUUCGAGUGGGAGGCUCUUAUAACGGGGCCGGAGGGCACUUGCUUCGAAGGAGGAGUUUUUCCGACUAAAUUAGUCUUUCCUCCUGAUUAUCCAUUAAGCCCACCAAAAAUGCAGUUUAUGUGUGAAAUGUUCCAUCCGAACAUUUAUGCUGAUGGAAGGGUGUGCAUUUCGAUUUUACACGCCCCGGGAGAUGAUCCAAUGGGUUAUGAAUCUAGUGCAGAACGAUGGAGCCCAGUGCAAAGCGUAGAAAAAAUACUUUUGUCUGUGGUUAGCAUGCUCGCAGAACCUAAUGAUGAAAGUGGAGCAAAUGUCGACGCGGCUAAAAUGUGGCGUGAAAAUAGGGAAGAAUUCAAUAGAAUAGCUGAAAGGAUUGUAAGGAAAACUCUUGGGAUUCCUGUAAAUUGAACUAAUUGUGAAUGGAUUUUUCAACCUCAAUCAAGGAUUGCUUUUAAAAUAUUGUUGUCAUUUAUUACAAAUUAUAUUUAUACAAGUGAAAGUAGUAAAGAAACUAACUGUAACUUGAAAAUUGUUAUAUAUUUAUACACAAAUACAUUAUUUUCAUUUAAAUAA